AUGGGUCAUUCGGAUGAUGCCUCGCUAAAUUUACCUAACGUGUACAAUAAAUUCAAAGCAUGCGCAAACGGUGAUAACGUUCUGCUCCCUGAGUAUUGUGAAGCAUAUACGGAGGUUUCUAAACUUCUCGUAUACUUUGGAAAUCUUUUUUAUUUCGUGACCAGUGAUGUCAAUCACAAAAUUUCGGAACUCCGCGACCUGUAUGCGGCAGAUAAAAUUAAUUAUAAAUCUGUCGAGCAGAUGGCUGUUUAUGAGGAAAAGCAGAAUGAACACCUUCCAGUUAAAAAACGGAAAUGCGUCGGUUCCCGGACACUUCUCCGACUCCAUCGGGCUCUUCUCUUUGUGAUCGAUUUAAUGCAAGAAGUUUGCAGAGCGCCACCGGAUGAACAAUUGAAGGUUAUUGCUCGGUCAGUGUACGACAAAACCCUCUCUCAAUAUCAUCCAUGGCCUAUUAGGAAAGCUGUUGGAGUUGCUGUUUAUGCUCUUCCUACGCGGGAACAUUUGGUUCAUCAUAUCGUCCAAUCUCAACCCCCUGGGAGUGGUUUGCUUACAAAUGAACAAUGUGCAGAGUUUCUCACUUCACAUGCUUUACCUGUAAUGCGCAAGGUAUAUGACUGUAUUCAAGCUAUUUUCGAGAAACACGAUAUGCUAAACUUACCAUAG